AUGGCUUUGGUAGAAGUGUUUUUGGGUGCGUUUAUAACUGUGUUGUUUGAGCGAUUGACCUCUCGCGAGUUUUUGAACUUUGCUCGCAGCGAGGGAAUUCAUACCCAAUUGGAGAAAUGGAGCGAAGUGUUAAUGACAAUUCGAGCAGUGCUCAGCGAUGCAGAGGCUAAGCAAAUAACGGAGAAAGCUGUGAAAUUGUGGCUGAAUCGUUUCAAUGAUUUGGCUUACGAUUUGGAUGACCUACUGGACGAAAUUGCCACAGAAGCUUUGGCACAUGAAUUGAAAUCCAAGCCUGAAGCAGCUACCACAAAUAAGGUACGGAAAUUCAUCCCUACUUGUUGUACUAAUUUCCCUAGAUCAGUUACGCUCAAAAUAAAGAUGGGUCCCAAGAUUGAGAAGAUCACUUCUAGAUUACAAGAUAUUGUAAAGCUUAAAGAUGAUCUGGAUUUGAGAGUUACUCGAGAAGCAAGGUCAGGAACGGAGAGGUUGCCAACAACUUCCUUGGUCGAUGAGCCCCGUGUUUACGGUCGAGAAAAGGCAAAACAAGAAAUACUUGAAUUGUUGCUCAAGGAUGAAGCAAGUAAUGAUGAAGCAUGCGUCAUUCCAAUAGGUGGUAUGGGUGGUGUGGGCAAGACCACUCUUGCUCAACUUGUCUACAAUGAUGAGAAGGUUAAGGAUUUCUUUGAUACGAAAGCAUGGGUGUGUGUUUCUGAAGAGUUCGAUGUCUUCAUGAUAACCAAGAUUAUUUGUCAGGCAGUGACCAAUGAAAGGUGUGACUUCAACGACCUCAACAUGUUGCAAGUGAGUCUCAAAGAGAAACUUUCUCGAAGAAAAUUUCUUAUUGUUUUGGAUGAUGUUUGGAACGAGAAAUACGAAGAUUGGGAUCGCCUUCGUGCUCCUUUUCUAGUUGGGCUACCUGGAAGUAAAAUUAUUGUUACGACUCGAAAUGAAGGUGUUGCACGUUGCAUGGGUUCUGUUCCUUCUUACCCUCUGAAUGUUUUGGCAGAAGACGAUUGUUUGUCUUUGUUGGCUCAACAUGCGUUGUGUACAAAAAAUUUUGAUGACCAUCCAAAUUUGGAAGCAAUUGGCAAGGAUAUAGUCAAAAAGUGUGGAUGUUUGCCUUUGGCAACGAAGACACUAGGAGGCCUUCUGCGUAAUAUACAUAGCCCAGAUGAGUGGAAAGCUGUACUGAAUAGCAAAAUCUGGGAGUUAUCCGAGCACAAGAGUGGCAUCGUUCCAGCUCUGAGAUUAAGCUAUCAUCAUCUCCCGUCUCACUUGAAGCAAUUGUUUGCAUAUUGUGCUAUAUUUCCGAAAGACUAUGUAUUUGACAAGGAUGAGCUAGUUUUGUUAUGGAUGGCGGAAGGAUUUCUACAACAAUCAGAAGAAAUGGAAGUGUUAGGUGGCGACUGUUUCAUUGAACUAUUAUCAAGGUCCUUCUUCCAACGUUCAGGUGGUACGGAAUCAAAAUUUGUGAUGCAUGACCUUUUGAAUGAUCUAGCUCAAUAUGUUGCUGGAGAAACAUGUUUUAGGUUGGAUGAUAAUAUGAAGGGCAAUGAACGGUGUAAGAUUUCUGAAAAAGCUCGCCACUCGUCAUUCAUUCGCCACAAAUAUGAGGUCUAUAAAAGAUUUAAGGCAUUUCAUGAACUUCAGGGUUUGCGGACUUUCUUACCUCUGCCAAUUUAUAAGUCAUCUAGUUGGCAAGGCUUCUAUUUAAACAAUAAUAUUUUGGUCAACCUACUACCAAAAUUGCGGUGCUUAAGAGUCUUAUCUUUGUGUGGAUACAAAAUAAAUGAGUUACCCAACUCGACGGGGGAUUUGAAACAUCUUCGGUACCUGAAUUUAUCUCAGACAUUGAUUACAAGGUUGCCUGAAUCAGUGAGUACUCUCUACAAUUUACAAACAUUAUUAUUAAAAGAUUGCCUCGCCCUUUGUAAGUUACCCUCCAACAUAGAAAAUUUGGUGAACUUGCGCCAUCUUGACAUUCGAGAUACUCCAAAAUUAGAAGAGAUGUCCUCAGGGAUUGGUAGAUUAAAAUGUUUGCAAACAUUACCAAAGAUUCUUAUUGGCAAAAAUAGUGGAUUUGGACUCGGAGAUUUGAACAACCUAUUGCUUCUGAGAGGGAUGCUUUCUAUUGUAGGGUUAGAAAAUGUUAUGGACGUGCAGGAUGCAGAGGAGACAAAUUUAAGUUGUAAGCAGGAUAUUAAUGAGUUGGAAUUUAAAUGGAACAGUGACAGUGAAAAUUCUCAAAAUGAAGGGCUGCAAGGGCAUCACAUUCCUAGUUGGAUUGGGGAUCCAUCAUUCUCUAAAACAGUGUAUAUUAGUCUUCGAGGUUGUACAAAAUGCAAGUUUUUACCACCACUUGGCCAGCUACCCUUCCUCAAAGAACUGUACAUAGAAGAAAUGGAUUCUGUAAGAAGCGUGGGUGCAGAGUUCAACUGUGGGGGUAACACUUUGGAGAUUCCAUUUCCAUCACUCGAGAUUCUGUCGUUUGGCGAGAUGCCAAAAUGGGAGGAAUGGUCUUGUUCGAAUGGUGUUGACUUUAGAGGACUUUUUCCUCGCCUUCGUGAGCUUAUUAUAUGCAAUUGUCCUAAACUGGUGAGUGUUCCACUUUUAAGACUUCUCUCUCUUUGCGAGUUAGAGAUAAAAAAUUGUGAUGAGGCUGUGUUGAAAAGUUUUAUCGAAUUACCCUCAUUAACCACAUUGAAAAUUGAGAAUAUGUCGGGUCUAACUCAUCUGCCGAAGGAGUUCAUGAAUGUGUUGGUGUCACUUCAAUGUCUUAGAAUUGUAGGAUGUGCUUUGCGUGGCAGAUGGGCUCGCACAAAAAACCUUUCCGGUUUGUCAGUAAGUUUUUGUGAAAAUCUGGAGAGAUUGCCUGAUGACCUGAAAAGCCUUACGUCUUCGAGGAGUUGUAUAUCUUUUGAGAACAGUCUCCCGCCCACGAUUAGUCGUCUUGCUGUUAAAUUUUGUCAUUCUCUGGAGUCCAUCCCUAACCGCAUCCCUCGUCUUGAAGACUUGACCCUCAAUAAUUGCUCCUCUCUAAGUUCUUUACCAAUAGACACUCUUCUCUCCACGCUUAAGUCAGUUCACAUUGAGAAUUGCGGGAAUUUGGAGUGUGUUAAAGAGACUGUCGAACAGAGCAUCAUGUCAGGAAGCUUUGGAAUCAGUAAUUGGCCCAAUUUGGGGAGUUUUGAAUUAUACAGGCAGGAAUUUAGAUGCCGGUUGAAAUAUCAAAUCCCCUACUCGCUCUCAGGGGGUGGUUUGCUCACUCCCAACUUAGUAACUAUUGAAAUUGAUGGGUUUGAGAAUCCCUUUUACUUUCCUAGCCAGAGUCAAAGCUUCACAUUCCUUAAAUCACUCAUUAUACGUAAUUGUAAAAGCCUUGAGUCCUUUCCUCACCAGAAUUUGCCCCCCAACCUAGAAGAGCUAUGUAUCUGCAAUUACGGAGAACUAAAGCCUCUAUCAGAGUGGGGCCUGCAAAGACUCUCCUCUCUUAGUUUUUUCACCAUGGGUAAU